UUUGAUUUUGUUUGAAUUUAACACAGUUUUUUCAUUUUGGGGAAAAACCAUUUUUCUUUUUUGGUUUUUCUGUUUGUUUUUAUUUUCACCUCAUAUUGCCAUUGGCAACAACAACAAAAACAAAGAAACGAAUGUCAUCAACACCAUUUAUCCAGAAAAGUCACGAAGAAAUGGUGGAAAGUCCAUAUUAUGAUGAAGAUUAUUCGAUUGAUAUAAAUAAAAAAAUGACCGUGCCAAACAAGAUUAAAGCUGUUGAAGGAUCAUAUAAUGAAAUGCUUGAGGAUCCAGCUAUUUUAGCUAUUCACGAUUUAAAAGAUAAUGCUAAAAUGAUGCAAGUUCCCGAAUGUAUUCGUGUUGCAGGAGGUGAAUGUCAUAUAACAACAUCACGUGAACCACCGUUGGAAAUAAAAUUGGAAGAUAAAUUAUUUGGUGGUAAAUCGAACCACGAUGAUUCUUUGAUACAAUUGGCAACACCGCCGCGAACACUUCGUUAUGAAGAUGCAGCACCAAUAUUUGCUGAACCUAUUAAACAAUUGGAUAAAGCUUUAAAUUCAACAACAACACCAUCCAAAUCGAUGAUUAAUGAUAAUUCGAUGAUAUCACGAAUAAAUGAUUUUACAAUCAAUGAUUUGGACGAUAUUGAUCAACAAUUAUCAUCAACGCAGAAUUUUAUUCAACUUCGUCGACGUGUUUUACAAUUAUCACAUCGUAUUGAUUCAUUGGAAAUUGAAAAUCGUCAUCGCAGUAAACGUGAUCUGAUUGUUUAUGCUGUUGGUGCAUUAUAUCUAUUAUUUCGUGGUUUAAGCUGGUUUGCAUCCAAUAGUGGUGGUGGCAGCCGCCGUGGAUUUACAUUCUAACCAAUGUUUUGUUAUGACGAAAAUUGGAUACAUUUUUCAGAUUUCUGAAUUUUGAAUGAAGUUACAUUGAAAUUUAAUGAAUU